CACUGGUCCAAACUACUUGGUUUUUGGAAAGAAAGAGAAGAAAGCGACCAGUUUCCAAGCCUUGGAGGUCCUAAUUCCAGCUCUGGGGGAGUGUCACCUGGAUCAUGAGGUCAUCCCUCUGCUGGCUCCUCCCACUUCUACUCCUCUUGGCCUCAGUGGCCCAAGGCCAACCAACACGACGACCAAGACCCGGGUCUGGGCCCAGGCGCAGACCCAGGCCCAGGCCCACGCCCAGCUUUCCUCAGCCCCAUGAGCCAUCAGAGCCUACAGACCUGCCUCCGCCCCUUCCUCCAGGCCCUCCAUCUGUCUUUCCUGACUGUCCCCGGGAAUGCUACUGCCCCCCUGAUUUCCCGUCUGCCCUCUACUGUGAUAGCCGCAACCUGCGCAAGGUCCCUGUCAUCCCAUCUCGCAUCCAUUACCUCUAUCUCCAGAACAACUUCAUCUCUGAGCUCCCAGUGGAGUCCUUCAAGAACGCCACGGGCCUGAGGUGGAUCAAUCUGGACAACAACCGAAUCCGCAAGAUAGACCAGAGGGUACUGGAGAAACUUCCCAGCCUGAUCUUCCUCUACAUGGAGAAGAACGAGCUCGAAGAGGUGCCCUCAGCCCUGCCCCCGAACCUGGAGCAGCUGAGGCUGAGCCAGAACAAGAUCUCCAGAAUCCCGGCCGGCGUCUUCAGCAAGCUGGAGAACCUGCUGCUCUUGGAUCUCCAGCACAACAGGCUAAGUGAUGGCGUCUUCAAGCCUGACACCUUCCAGGGUCUCAAGAACCUCAUGCAGCUCAACCUGGCCCACAACAUCCUGAGAAAGAUGCCACCAAAAGUCCCCAAGGCCAUUCACCAGCUCUACCUGGACAGCAACAACAUCGACACCAUCCCUAGUGGUUACUUCAAGGGCUUCCCCAACCUCGCCUUCAUUCGGCUUAACUACAAUAAGCUGUCAGACAGGGGACUCCCCAAGAAUUCCUUUAACAUCUCCAACCUGCUCGUGCUCCACCUGUCCCACAACAGGAUCAGCAAUGUGCCUGCCAUCAACAGCAAGCUGGAGCGCCUGUACCUCAACAACAACAGCAUUGAGAAAAUCAAUGGCAGCCAGAUUUGCCCCAACAACCUAGUCGCCUUCCAUGAUUUCUCCUCGGAUCUGGAGAACGUGCCACACCUGCGCUACCUGCGGCUGGAUGGGAACUUCCUGAAGCCACCCAUCCCUCUGGACCUCAUGAUGUGCUUCCGCCUGCUGCAGUCCGUCAUCAUCUAGGCCUCACUCUGCCGCUGGAUCUCCUCUGACUGCACUUGAAGGCUGGUGGCCAGGCGCCCGUGCCCACCCUUCGUUUUCUCUAUCUCCCUUUCUUGCUUCCAGCUUUGCCUCUCUUACUCCAUCUUUCUGAGGCAGGGAAAAAGCUGUAUACUCUGCUGCAGCCUCUGGAGCAAGACUUCCAAGGGCUUGAUGUGGUCCCACCCAGUUCAAAGACACCCACUGCACCCCCAAGCUUCUGGCCUUCUGUGGUCUCCCUUUCCUCCAGAAACACAGAUGUAUGUCUAAAGACUUCAUAGCCCCUUCUCUCUUCUCCACCCGUCACUCCUGGGUAAAUCAGGGCCAAGGACUGACAUCUCA